AUGAUGCUCGGAAAUUCCCCUUACACGCAAGUGCAGAAAGGAAUUCGGAGUUCCGAGCUCCGUCAACGAACGAUGUUCAGGGAUGCCGAUGAUUACGUCAAGAAAUCGAAGAUCAGGUGGGUUAGACACGUUAUGCAAUAUCGUGGUGACCGCUCGACAAGGGCAGUUGCUGACUGGAUCUUUGGGGACGUCAAGCUACCAACGCGAUGGUCAGACUUCUUCACGAAAGCUCUAAUCGGAAAGAAUGGCGUGCCUUGUGUACCUGAAGCAAGGACGAUUCACUGGACCACUAUGGCUCACGACAGGGACGAAUGA